GGCUGAUAGGCUCGCCCGGAGGAAAGCGCAUUACGUAGGCAAGCGGCUCCGCUCAACUUGCCACCUGCGCCGGGAGAGCUGCCGGGGAAGCGAGAUCCUGCCGGAGCCCCUCGCCCGCCGCUGGCCGCCCACCCGCCCUCCGCCAUGGACUGCUGCAAUGAGGGAGCCUGCACAAAGCUGGACGAGGACAUCCUGGACAUCCCUUUGGACGAUCCUGAUGCCAACGCGGCAGCUGCCAAGAUCCAGGCUAGUUUCCGUGGCCAUAUGACCCGCAAGAAGAUCAAAGGGGGUGAGAUCGACCGGAAAACCAAGGACGCCGAGUGCGCCAACAGCACCCGCGGCGGCGACCUCCGCAACGGCGACUAGGGGCCACCAGCUGCUCACCGGAAACCUCCCUCCACCGACCCCCUCCCGCCGCCGCCCGCCGAGGUCCAGGAGCCCCCGCUUCACCCCCUGCCCCCCGCAUGCAUCCCCCGGGGUCCCCCCACAGCCAGGCCCUGCCCCUGGCCCUGGCUGCCCUCACCCACCCCAGACGCCCCCUGCCCCAAUAAACACCCCUGCCAGAGCCCCGGCCUGUCCUCGGUGCCUUUUGAUGUCACCGGCAGAGCGGUGAGGUCACAGCGGGCAGGGGUGGGAGGGGCGUGGGGCAGGUGGUGCCCAGCAGUGAUUUCCCAUGUGUACGUGUGGCAUCGGACAGGUACACGUGUGACAGCGCUGCCACGCGUGUGACAGCUGGCGUGGGAGACGGCUCGUGAGGUGCUGGCACGAGAGGGGUGGUGAUGUCACUACAGGACAGGUGAUGGCUGCUGUGACACCAUUCAGGUGUGUGUGACAUCACUGGUGGUUGUGUGACAUCAUGCAGGUGUGUGUGACAUCACUGCUGGAUGUAUGAUGCCAUGCAGGUGUGUAACAUCACUGCUGGAUGUGUGACACCACGCAGGUGUGUGUGACAUCACUGCUGGACGUGUGACAUCAUGCAGGUGUGUGGGACAUCACUGCUGGAUGUGUGGUGCCACGCAGGUGUGUGAAAUCACUGGUGGAUGUGUGAUGUAAUGCAGGUGUGUGUGAUGUCACUACUGGAUGUGGGACAUCAUGCAGGUGUGUGUGACAUCACUGCUGGACGUGUGACACCGUGCAGGUGUGUGUGAUGGCUGGAGUGACAUCAUUCCACUGUGUGUGAUGUCACUACUAGGCAUGACUGUGGGUGUGACAUCAUACAGGCAUGUGUCAUGUCACUGCUGGAUGUGUGAUAUCAUGCAGGUGUGUGUGGCAUCACUGGUGGAUGUGUGACACCACACAGGUGUGUGUGUGACAUCACUGGUGGAUGUGUGACACCACGCAGCUGUGUGUGAUGUCACUGGUGGAUGUGUGACACCACGCAGCUGUGUGUGAUGGCUGGCGUGACAUCAUUCCACUGUGUGUGACUGUGGGUGUGACAUCAUACAGACACGUGUCACGUCACUGCUGCUGUGUGAUGGUAUGUGUGACAUCAUGCAGGCGCAUGUGACACCCCUGAUGGGCAUGUGACAUGCCUGUAUGACAUCACACAGACGCUGUGAUGUCACACACUCAUUGUGGCAUCAUGCCUCCUGACACAGGGUGUGACAUCACGGUCACGGGGUGUGACACGUGCAUCACGAUGCCACCUCACCCACAGGACCUUGGCUGGUGCACUGUGACAUCACCCUGCCCUAUGACAUCACCCAGAAGUUUGUGGGACAUCCCUCCCCGCCUCGAAAUCCGCACAAACUCACCCAAAGCGCCGGUGCUGGGCAGCGCAGCAGCUUUUAAUCACAAAACCCCUAUAAAAAGUGUGUGUGUGUGUGUGUGUCCCCAUCACCCACCCC